GCCCAUGUGUCGUUGUUGUUUGUUUUUAAUCGAUCGUCGCCGUACAGCUUGCCAGGAAGGAUGGUUAAGCCACAUGUUUCAAAAGGGAAACAAUUAAUUCACAGCUCGUCGUCACGAAGUCGAAACUACAAACCGUUUCAUAAAGUCUUUGGAAACGUACAUGAAGGACAGGGUUAUGCUGAUAAAAGGAAGCGAAAAAUUAUCAAUCAGUAUCGAAAGAUACGAAAGCAUAUGCUAAAAGAAAAGAAAGAAUCUUCACAACAAAUGCAUGAUGAAAAAACGGAUAAAACAAGGACAGUAAAAGAAGAAACAUCACCGAAGUUUAAACAGCCAAGGAAGGAAGCAGUUAGUAUAAUAAAGGAAAAGAAAACAAAACGUACAGAUGGUAAUCGGAAAAGUAAAUUGACAAGGUUUAGCAAAGUGGAGAUGGAAUUCAAGCAGCAGAAACUAAUAAAAGAAAAGCAAGCACAGGAAGCUCAGAAGAUAAGAGAGGAAAAGAAAGCUGCCUUAGACAGAUACAAAUCAAGUAAAAGGGCAAGACACAAGAAGCUGAGCCAAAAAUCCAAGAAAGGACAACCAAUUAUGAAAUACCAUGUUGAACAUUUAUUGAAAAAGAUAAAGAGUGAUAAAUUAUGAUCAACUGUAUAUUAACGUAGCAAUCCGGCAUGCAUUAUGUCAGCCCGUAAUAUUCAGCUAGUAAUAAGCCACUAUGUGCAUGGCUGAUCCAUGUAGGUUGAGCUACCUAAAUUCCUGUUUAAAGCCCUACACAUGGAUCCAGACUACAACAUUUAUUUUACAAAAAAAACUUUCGACAUGCCUAUAUAUGGUAAUGAUGAUAUCAGAUGAUCAUAGGUACAUCCUGACUAUAUAUGGGCAUACAAAAGUUCUUUGUCAAAGAAAAUUUGAUAAUUUGAAAAUCAGUUUUUGCCACAGAUUUAUUUAAGUUUCUCAACAUUGAGAUCAUUGGUCCAACCAAAGAGUAUAGAAUAGCAAGAAGUCCGACUGCCUUGAGUUUACUUGCACUUAAAUUAACACAAUGAAACAAUAAAGUACUACCACAAGGUAGGGGGCGCCCUAUUAGAAACAAUAGAUAUCGAAAUUCGAGCAACUUUUACGUUAUUUUGCAGGGUGCCCUCUAGUUUGUCGUAGUACUUUUAAAGAUAGAAUUCCAUUUCAAAGAGACCCAGGCAGUUGACCUCUUGCUAUUCUAUACUCUUUGGUUCAACCUCAGGCUAUGAAUUUCACUUGUCUUUGGACACUUUACCUAUAAUUGCCUCUCUUGAGUGCAACCAGAAGUUAAAUGGGUACCCAGACCUGUCAAGUUUCACUCAUCUCACGGGAGUCUCACGCAUUUAACUUCGACCUCACAUAUUUCAGAAUUUCUUUAAAUUAUUUUUUUUAAAUGUGCUACCGGUAUAUUUUCUCAAAACAAGCAUACAACAUGUACGAACACGCCUAUCGCCACCAGCGUUCCCGUAGAUGAGAUAUGAAAGUGGCAGUUUGUAUCAAUGUAUUCACUGUAAGGUGUAUGUUAUAUCGACGCUUGACUGUAUUGUGACCUCGCGCAUAAUUUUCAAAAAAUGCCCAGUCUCAUGCAAGCCAGUGUGAAACCCUCGACUGGUCUGGGUACCUUUUAGGAUAUUGUGGCAUUGGAAUCGCAAUGCACCCCAUUUGUGUAUUAAAGAAGGUUACGUUUUUUGCCAGUUAGCUAAUAUAGAUUCUAUGACCUAGAAUAAUAACAUCAUGCUGGAGAAAAUCGUUUAUCUGUAAUACUUUCCCCAGAAAAUAACAAUCAGAAAUUGGGACAAGUGUGGUGAAGAAACCAAAGUGUGUAAAGUAAGGAUGGAUAAAUGACCUUGCAAAUGUCAAGUGACCGGAGUGGGAAUCGAACCAAUGACCUUAAGCUAAGCUUGCUGUGGCAACCAGUCAUCAUAAGCCUCAUGAGAAACGAUUUCUAUUUUAAUUUUAACAAAUAAAUGAAAAGAAACUUGUACUGUCACAAGUACGAGAACAUGUUGGCUCAUUAUAUGUAUGUACAGUAUUUUAUUAUCUAUGGCUUUCUAUGAUCUGAGGAGGCUUGUUGUUGUGUUGUGUUGUAUUGUGUGGUCCAGAGGGCUAAGUCCCUUGAAGCUCCAAAGUUUUAUCGAUUUCAGUCUUUUAUCUUUCUGAUUUCAUACAUUUUAUUUCUUUUAUUCUUUAUUUUUCCACAUAUCCAUGUCAUGCAACAAAGUACAAUACUGUACAAAUUUUAUAUUAUCCCAUCAUCCCAUUGUUACAUUCGAGGAGCCACUCCAACUCCAAAGGGGUCAUUCUGCACCUUAUUAGGUGCAGACUAACUCCACUUACGAGCCAAACAACUCCCCGAAAAUAACAGUAUUAUAAUGUAACAGUUCAAACAUGACUGUAAUCUAUUUACUUCAUUGUAAAAGUUAUUUUGCUUCUGGAAGAGUGUGGUCAGUUAUGCCAACGUAUUUUUAAUUCGUUUUCCUUACAGUUGGUAUCAAAAAUAUACUUUUCCAUUUGGUAAAAACAUUUUACAGUAUAUCAAUUAUAAAGCAUUGUUGAAGGAAGGAAUGCAAUUUUAAUUUUUUAAUCUGCAUAUAUAGAUAUAGAAUUUUAGAACCAUUUAUUAUUAAAUACAUAAUCUCUCUGUUUACAGUUUCCUAAAAGGACGAGUUUUCCUUAACAAUAAAAUUUACUUUCAGGGUUUCAUUAACCUAAGUUUAAAAACUGUUCAAGUAGAUCUUGAUUAUAUUGCAGUACCAAAACAAAUGUAUAAUAGACCCAAAUUUCUGACAAAACAUGCAAUGAGAAGUGUCACCUUUAGCCAUUUUUAACCAAAACCGUAUUUGUACAUAUAAAUCUGUACAUAAUCACAUGUAUUGACCAUUGCACUCUUGUGACUUGCAGGUUUAAAAUGUCCUUCCAUUUUUAAUACUACACUAUUGGAAUAAAUAAAAGUGUUAUAAAUGUGUUUACAA